AUGGAUGAUAAUCUAUGUGGAAAAAUUGAUCUUUUGAGGAUGUGUUUACCCGAUGAAUUAGGCACCCCCGCAACAACUGAACUUAAUACUAUUCAAAAUUACAAAAGAUACUGCCCUAGUGGAGACUGUAAUACUGAACUCGAAAAAAUUACGAUUGGAUUUUUAUGGUUACUUGGACAAUAUUUUACUGAAUACCCAACUAAAGAUGGUGUUAUUAACUAUAAUAAACCAUUUUUUCUAUAUAUUAUUUUAUGGUUAAGUUACAAAUUAAAUCAAAACACAGAGGAAACGUUUACCACAAUAAACGAUUUUUAUACUAAUCAUGUAAAAACUGGUGGUAAAUAUAGUAAUUUUAAUGGUGAUUCCAAUAAAUUUACAAGUCUUGAUGACUUCAUAGAGAACCAUAAAGAUUUGUUGAAUAUUAAUAUUAAAGAUCUUUCUAAAUUUUAUCAUCCAUCCAAAUUAAUAUGUAGUAUGUAUGCUAAUAAAUCCAUGAAUACAGAUGGCAACAAACUGUUAAAUGAUGCUACUAUGUUUGUUAAAACAUAUGCAGAACUCAAAGAUGGCAGUAAUGCUGAAGGUAUCCCAAAUAAUCAAAUAUUGCCCGCUUUAUUAACUGAUUAUAAUAAAUUAAAUAAGAAAUGUAGCAAUAUUCCAUCUUUUUCAGAGCUAGCAUCAAAAAUUUCUGCACUAGCAUCUGAAGAUACAUCAAGUUCGUCGAUAGGAAACAGAUUAUUUACAGUUUUAUCGAUAUUUGGUGCAAUAGCAUUUUUUUUAGGAAUUUCUUAUAAGUAUUCGUUAUUUGGAUUUCGGAAACGAUUUCAAAAACAAAAAUUAAGAGAAAAAUUAAAAAAUAUAAAGAAGAAAAUGAAUCAUUAA